AUGGCGCCGACGACUCCGUCCCCGUGUCUCCUGAACGACAUUGCAAGCUCGCGGUUGGGAGCCACCAAGGAAGGCGCGCAGUCGACCGCCUGGCUGACUAGCUCAGAAGUUCUCGACUCCGCCACCGAUCCGAAGAAACUUUCUGCAAUCGUCGAAAAGUACCGGACGCCGGAGCAGAAGCUCCUCAGCGAACAAAUGAAGGAGAAGGAGAAGGAGGAGCCUCUCCUCAUGGCCAACCCUCACCGCUGGGUGAUUCUGCCGAUUCAGCAUCACGCGAUUUGGGAGAUGUACAAGAAGCAGGAGGCUUCUUUUUGGACGGCGGAGGAAAUCGAUCUCGCUCAAGAUAUGACUCACUGGGAAACCCUCGGUGAAAAUGAGAAACAUUUCAUCAAAUACGUCCUCGCCUUCUUUGCUGCCAGCGACGGCAUUGUGUUGGAGAACUUGGCAGAGAAGUUCCUCACGGAGAUCCAGGUCCCCGAAGCGCGUGCGUUCUAUGGGUUCCAAAUUGCGAUGGAAAACAUCCACUCGGAGACGUACAGCCUGCUGAUCGAUCAGUACAUUCGCGACGAGGAGGAGAAACUCCAACUCUUCGACGCCGUGCACAACGUGAAGGCCGUCGCUGUGAAAGCCGCGUGGGCAGCCAUGUGGAUCAACAACCGAAACUGCUUCGCUGAGCGUUUGGUGGGUUUUGCAUGCGUGGAAGGCAUUCUCUUUAGUGGAAGCUUCUGCGCUAUUUUCUGGCUGAAGAAGCGUGGCUUGAUGCCGGGCCUCACUUUCUCAAACGAAUUGAUUUCUCGCGACGAAGGACUGCAUGCAGACUUUGCCUGUCUCCUCUACUCGCAACUGAAACACAAACUCCCGGAUAAAGUCGUCCAGGACAUGGUUCGCGAAGCUGUCACUGUCGAGAGAGCCUUCAUCUGUGAAGCUCUGCCCGUCGAUCUGAUUGGCAUGAACAACCGCUCGAUGGCACAGUACAUUGAAUUUGUCGCGGAUCGUCUGCUGACUUCUCUGGGAGUUCCGAAGAUCUUCUUCGCGACGAAUCCGUUCGACUGGAUGGAGUUGAUUUCUCUCCAAGGAAAGACGAAUUUCUUCGAGAAACGCGUUGGCGAGUACCAAAAGGCGGGGGUCAUGGCUGACAAGGACCAGCAGAAAUUCGUGCUCGACGCGGAUUUCUGAUCGUAGAGGAUCUGCGGCGGCGCGGGACUGCCUAGGAUCCUGUGCAGGACUGCUUCCGCGAUGAACUGCAUGCGACGCAUUUGUUCAUGUUUGCUGCGUACUACACCUCGCCGGUGGACUGCUUGAGAAGCGCUCCGUUCGCUCAUGUUUCAGAGAAGGGAGGACGCUGUCGCAGAUCUCUCGACAGUGUGGGUGCAUGCAGCGAUUCAUACCGCAUGAGUGGAGACUAGUUGAUCUGCAGGUGACCAAGGGUUGUGAGGAGACAGGUGAUGUGUAGACGAGGCGGCGCCUGCGUUUCGCGCGACUGGAGGGGGAGGUCUACACAGGAGGGAUCGUUUUGGGAGUCGAGGAGAAAAUGUGCCUCGCGGUCUUUUGUCGUCAAAUGUAUCGAGCACCAGUGAACGUGCUCACGAACUCCUUUGGAAACUCGCGAGUUCACCGGCGGCGCGGAAUGGGCGAACUCGCGAAAACUGCACAGGAGAAAAAACAGAGGAGAGCGCGACAACGCGCAUGGCCGGUGCUGGUUGUCUUUGUGGUGACCGCAACUUUGUGGCAGCGGGGCGAACUCGCAAGCAGGUCGGAAUGCGUUCCAUCGCUGUUGCAGAGGGAACUCCGCCGGACAAAUUCCGGUGCUGUGUUCGUCGAUUCGCGUGGAAAAAGGAACGAAGAAUGGGGUCAUGGAAUUUCUCGGCCGUGUGUUCUUCCAAUGCAGAUUUCUCUCGGUGCCCCAUGCGAUUUUGAUGGGUCUGUCCGGUCUUCGUUGCUUGCGAUUUUGGCGGUCGGAUGUUUUGCGCGUCUUUGCGAGAUUGUCUGCAUUUCCGUUGCCUGUGGGAGAAGUCAGAAAACAUUGACAUUUCGGUUGUCCAUAUUCCUUUCGGGAGUC